AUGAAUUCUAUUUCUCGUGACGAUAUGGCUGAAGUUUUGACAAAUCGAAAAGCUACAAUUGAUAAUAUUCAUGCCUUCUCAGAUAAAAUUGAAUUGGAAGGUAAAGCCACCAAUCAAAAAUCUUCGGGACGUUGCUGGUUGUUUGCUGCUACCAACGUUUUGCGCUUAAUUCUUAUGAAGAAAUAUAAAUUGGAGGAGUUUGAACUGUCACAAUCAUAUUUAUUUUUUUAUGACAAGUUUGAAAAGGCUAAUUAUUUCCUUGAGAAUAUUAUCUCCCUUGCAGGUGAAGAUGUUGAUUCGAGAUUAGUUCAGUAUCUGAUUCAAGACCCUGUUAGUGAUGGUGGACAAUGGGAUAUGAUUAUUAAUCUUUUGGAAAAAUACGGUGUUGUGCCAAAAUCUGUUUUUCCAGAAAGUUUUAGUUCAUCAUCAUCUUCACAUUUAAAUUUGUUAUUUACAGAACGGCAAAUAUUGGUAUCCUGUAAGAAAUUUCCAGAACUAUGCCCAUCUCACUCGAAAUUUUACAAAGAAUUUAUUGGAUAUAAGGCAACAGAAUCAUUUUCGUUAAUAAAUGACCCACGUAAUGCAUAUUAUGAACUUUAUACAAUCGACUAUUUGGGUAAUAUUCAAUCAGGAUCAUCAAUUAAAUAUGUUAAUAUCCCAGUUGAUUUAAUGAAAAGUUUAACAAUAAAAACUUUGAAAAAAGGAAAACCUGUUUGGUUUGGUUCAGAUGUUGGUAAAUUUAGUAAUAGUACAUUGGGUAUUUUGGAUAACAAUAUAAUUGAUUAUGAAUUGGGAUUUGAUGUAAAGUUUGAAAUGAGCAAAGGUGACAGAUUAAAAUAUGGUCAAAGUGCUAUGACACACGCUAUGGUAUUCACUGGUAUAUAUUUAUAUAAAUAA